GCAUCAUCUGGGAUUAUACUCUCACCAAAUUAUCCAGAGGAAUAUGGAAACAACAUGAACUGUGUGUGGUUAAUUAUAUCUGAGCCAGGAAGUAGAAUCCACCUCAUUUUUAAUGAUUUUGACGUGGAGCCUCAGUUUGACUUCCUUGCAGUCAAAGAUGAUGGGAUUUCAGAUAUAACAGUCCUGGGGACGUUUUCUGGCAAUGAAGUGCCUUCCCAGCUGGCCAGCAGCGGGCACAUCGUCCGACUAGAGUUUCAGUCUGACCACUCUACCACAGGCAGAGGGUUCAACAUCACUUAUACCACAUUUGGUCAAAACGAGUGCCACGACCCUGGCAUUCCUAUAAAUGGACGGCGUUUUGGUGACAGGUUCCUACUGGGCAGCUCGGUUUCUUUCCACUGUGACGAUGGCUUUGUCAAAACGCAGGGGUCUGAGUCCAUCACCUGUAUCCUGCAGGAUGGGAACGUGGUCUGGAGCUCCACCGUCCCGCGCUGUGAAGCUCCGUGUGGUGGACAUCUGACAGCUUCAAGUGGGGUCAUUUUGCCCCCAGGAUGGCCAGGAUAUUAUAAAGAUUCUUUAAAUUGUGAGUGGAUAAUUGAAGCAAAGCCAGGACAUUCUAUCAAAAUAACUUUUGAUAGAUUUCAGACAGAAGUCAAUUAUGAUACUCUGGAAGUCAGAGACGGGCCAACCAGUUCGUCCCCACUGAUCGGAGAGUACCAUGGCACGCAAGCCCCUCAGUUUCUCAUCAGCACAGGGAACUUCAUGUACCUGCUCUUCACCACAGACAACAGCCGUUCCAGCGUGGGUUUCCUUAUCCACUAUGAGAUAGAAGUGAAUGUGGCAUCCAGGAGGGUGGGUGAGUCUAAUGGGAGUAACUCCUGUUCGCAGCCACCGCCCUACGCAGCUGCCGCCUUAAUGGAUCCGCAGUUUUUCAGGAUUAUU